AAGAUACAGCCAUCACAAUGUAAACAGAUGUGCUGCUGCCCUGUUAACCCAGCCUUGCAGAAAACUGUCUCCAGCCAAACAAUAGCAGCAAAGAAGGAUGGUCCCCACAUCUGUGGAGCGGCUUCGAGAGGGCCGUGGUAUUCUUGAGAAGGUUCUGCGCAGUGGUGCAAAGAUAUCUCAGAGAGGAGAGCCCUCGCCCACGGGUGACAGUGCUGCUGAGAGAGAUCCAGGUACUGCUGAUGGAGACACCCCAGAAGUUCUCAGUUCUGCACUCAAAGGACCAGCAGUUUACAGCCCUUCUAGAUACAGCUACCAGCUCCUGCAGUCUGACAGUCCCCGAGCAGAGUCCCAGGCUCUCCUUCAGCAGAGUUCCUCCCCCUACAGAGGACACUCUGCGCCGUCUCCUGGAUACAGCUACCGAGCAGCUCCACCAAGAACAGGACACAACCCCACUCACUGCUUGUCGGAAGUGUCCCUUUCAUCCACCUCCUAUUCCAGCCCUGCCCAUUCAGUUUCCACGGACUCCCCAGCUCUGUCUGCAGGGAAUUCUGGAUAUUACAGCAGCCAGCAGCACUCCGGAAGUAGCGUUAAUAGCAGCCUUCUGAAGAAGAGUCACUCUGCUGCUGCCAGUCCAACACAGCAGGUUGCUGCAGACUUAGUAUCCUUGGGGUCGGUUUCUCAGUCCUGCACAGGAGCAUCAGGUUCCAGCUCUGCUCCCCAAAGUUCCAGAUCAUUGCAGUCAGACUUGCGGACUAUCAGCCUGCCUAAUUCUGGGCAGCCUGCUCUCCACCAGAGCUCCAAAGGGUCAGGGGUUUCCAGUUCACAGCACUAUCCACACCGUGGGGGAGGCAGUGUCCAUCAGUAUAGACUGCAGCAGCUUCAAGGUCCAGGAGUAAAGACUCAGACAGGACUUUCCUAGGGUUGCCUGGAUUCAAGGAGAACCGAAUUGCCCAUAACUCCUUCCAGCUGCCUCUGGAAGUGGCUUCUGGGCCAAUGCUGGGAGCUUGCACCUGAUGCUGGGGGUGCAGGGGGUCAGAGGCUGGAGUAAAUGAGUAAGACUUGUGAGCAGAGGCAGCCUCUGCCCUCGGAGGAGGAUGCAUAUUUCUCUGAGGCAGAGACUGUAGCAAAGCUGGGUACAUUGCAGAAAAGCAAAUGGUUCUAAGUGCAAUGACUGUGAUGCAGCCUCUGUCUCCUGUCCUUGCCCAUAGCCGUACUCACUUGUGCAGUAAGGACAUCUUUUUAAGUAUGAAAACAAUUUAAAGAAAAAUCUGGGGGAAGUUAAACUCCAUUCCCAAAGCUCUCUUGGAGGUCAGGUUCUCAGUGCCUCGGGGGGAAGGCGGGGGGAGGGCUUUCAUACGUUACGAUCAUUCCAGUCACAACAGACCAGCACAUGCACCAGCUUUGGGCCUGGGCUGUGACCCCCCCACAACUAGACCCAUUUCCAUUGUGAUAGACUCCAAGAACUGGUCAGUUAGCACUGGGACUAGGAGAGAGUGAGGGUGUGUGAUUGUCGCUGACAGGUGGGUUUCGGGGCUCUGCCGGGUGUAACCAAACAGGGGUGGCUCCUGUGAAUGUCACUAACGGGGAUCUGUGAAUGUUUGUCACUAGCUGGGAAACUCUGAAUUGGUGUCGUGUGCUGCAGUGUGUAUCAUCAACAGGAAGGUCUCCAUGAACAUUGUCACUGUGUGAGACUGGGGGAGUUGAGUAGGGGUGACACUGGUGUCACUGCUCUGGGGGCUGUCCAAAUGAGUCAUGUUUGUACUGGGGUCUACGCGUGGGCUAUGGAGUGUGUCUCCCAGAGUGCAUGGUUGGUGGGGACUCCAGGCCUUGGUAAGUUGGGAGCUGUAGAUGUAAAGUAUCACAGAGUGAAUCCUCCCGCCUAGUGAGAGAGUGGCGCCAAAGCCAGCCCAAAGGGAGUGUGCUGUCAGUUCAGCUCCAUACAAUUGCCAGCUUCUUUCUCACUUGUUUACUGUAAUAUCAGGCGUGUUUUUAUUUAUCUAAUUUUAUAUUCAGUUAUAACCAUAUUAGGUUAGCUAAUAUACAACAGGUAGAGUCCCUGGUGCUGCAGUGGGCCUUCUCCUUUUUCUGUUGGACAAAAUAAUGCUGUGAGUCUGUCUCCCUCUUUCAAAUGCACAGUCUUCUUCCUUUUGUAGGGCUGUUACAAGUUCUCUAAUUCACAAUUGAAAUCAGGUGUAUGUUCAAGGUAGGGGAGACUUUUAAAAUAUUAAAACAAAGUAACUUUCUCCAACAGUCUGGCUGAGUAUGUGUUGGGGAUUGAACUUGUCACCUGGAAUGCGGGUGUCUCUGUAUACUGUAUAAAAUAGGUGUAAACUUCACUCAGUUUAGACCUGGGUGUGUAGUCUCCCAUUUCAUGCUGUGUGCAGCAUGGGGCAGGCAGGCUCUGCCCUGCCUAGUGGCAACAGUGGAUUUGGGGGUUGGGAGCAGCAUGCAGAGGUUCCAGCACCUCGGCAUGUGCAGGGUGCAGAAGAGAGGCACCCUGGAAAGCUCUUGGAAAGGUGGAGGCUGCAGCUUCUGACUCUAGUGGGGUUUUUACACCAUGCUGUAACAUUUGAACUUUCACAAGAGAUGUAAUAAUUUUGAUAAUAAAAAUACUUAACUUGAAAAUCAA